AUGGAUUCAAAAAACACCAAAGACCCUUCUCCAGCUUCCAACGGUACCGGUAAGAAGUCUCGGCUCUCAGAGCUUCCGAGGCAGCCGUACUUGACCAUAUGCAGCACCGAUGUGAGGAAGAAAAUCACAGAUCUUAACCUGUUUAAGACUGGAAAAGCACUAAGACAAGUUCAGGGAUACAUUCCUACAAAUGUUCAGAAACUGUCCUCUUGUGCACUCCUCGUCAAAUGCGCAUCGGAUGAAGAACUGGCCGGAAUGGAAAAAAUCACGACCUUCUGCGGUGUUCCUUGUGUAUCCGAGCGACACCAAAAGUUCAACCGAUCGAAGGGCGUGGUCCGCAGCCAUGAGCUGAAGGGCUGCUCCAACGAGGAAAUUGUGGCUAAUUGCAAAGGUGUGGUCGAAGCCCGCCGGAUUACUCUUAGGCAGGGGGAAUCCACACUCGAAACGAAUGCGAUGAUUCUAACUUUCGAUUCGUGCCUCCCUCCAGCCACCGUUCGGGCAUCAUACUUGGUCGUGGACGUGCGACCCAAUGUGCCAAACCCUAUACACUGUUUAAAGUGUCAGAAGUUUGGCCAUAGCCAGUCGCGAUGCCGACGUGCAGCCGUGUGUAAUCGCUGCGGCAAGACUGGGCAUAUUGAAAAGGAAUGCAAGGCUAGACCUUGCUGCCCAAAUAGCCAAGGCCAGCACACAGCCUUCAGCAAGGAUUGCCCGACUUGGAUCCAAGAACGCGCAAUCCUAGAGCACAAAGCGCGAAAUGGCUGCUCCUUCCAAGAAGCCCACAAAGCUGUCUGCACGCCGGACAUAUGUCAAGGUACUCCGGCCAGUCAUGAAGUCAACCAGUACCUCUACUGCCGACUUCCCACAGCCCGCAGUCAACAAGCGAGUCUGUAA